CGUUCCCACAGGGCCCGCGUUCGCAGGCGCCACCAAGAUGAAGGUCGUGGAGGAGCCCAACACGUUCGGGCUCAACAACCCAUUCCUGCCCCAGACCAGUCGCCUGCAGCCCAAGAGGGAUCCUUCACCCGUGUCUGGGCCUGCGCAUCUCUUCAGACUUUCUGGCAAGUGCUUCAGCCUGGUGGAGUCCACGUACAAAUAUGAGUUCUGCCCAUUCCACAACGUGACCCAGCAUGAGCAGACUUUCCGCUGGAAUGCCUACAGCGGGAUCCUUGGCAUCUGGCACGAGUGGGAAAUCAUCAAUAACACCUUCAGGGGCAUGUGGAUGAGGGACGGCGACUCUUGCCACUCCCGGAGCCGGCAGAGCAAGGUGGAGCUCACCUGUGGAAAAAGCAACCGAUUGGCUCAUGUGUCUGAGCCAAGCACCUGUGUCUACGCACUGACCUUCGAGACCCCCCUUGUCUGCCACCCUCACUCCUUGUUAGUGUACCCAGCCCUGCCCGUGGCCCUGCAGCAGAGGUGGGACCAGGUGGAGCAGGACCUGGCUGAUGAGCUAAUCACUUCCCAGGGCUAUGAGAAGUUGCUCAGGGCACUUUUUGAGGAUGCUGGCUAUUUAAAGGCCCCAGAAGAAAGUGAAUCUGCACAGCAGGAAGGUGGUGCUCAGGGUCUGGUGUUUGAGACCUUGGAGAGCUGCAAUAAGGCACAUAAAGAACUGUCAGAGGAGAUUAAAAGACUUAAAAGUGUGCUGACCCAACGUGGCAUCCCCUACCCCAAGCCUGUGGAAACUUCCAGCUCUGAGCACUUGGAAUCCAAGACACCCACAGACAGGACAGCAGAGCAGCUACAUAGCAACCCAGGGAUGCUUGGGAACACCUUGUGACGUGGGAUGGGGCUGAAAACAGAACCAGACUGUGGCAUCCUAUAGCAGGAAGGUGAAGCAGGCCGGGACCCCGGUGCAGAGCAAGAAGUCCCAGGAAAAGCACACUACAGGCAGAGGACGUUUUCCCUCUGUGCCUUCCAGGCCGGUGGCUCUCAGGAUUGUACUCAAAGAUGUGGACAAUUAAAGAUUCAAAGUUUUAAUUCCAUACUGAUAAAAAUAAUUCCAUGAAUUCUGUAAACCAUUGCAUAAAUGCUGUAGUGUAAAAAAAUUUAAACAAGUGUUAACAACUUUAAA